AAACCCGCCGAGCGUCCGGCCGCUGAGGGAGGCGGAGGAGAAGCCACCACUGCCGCCGAUUGUGGGCACGGGGGCCGGAACGAGGCGGCGGCGGCUAGGAGGAGCGCGGAGUGUAGGACACCGAGCGCGGGGCGCGGGGAGCGAAGGCGGCCAGGCGGGAGCAGAGCGGCUCGGAGAUCGGGGCCAGGGCCAGCGGCGGCCUCGGGAGGCGGUGGGGGUGGGGGCCCGAGAGACCCAAGGAGCCACCCCCCCACCUCCCACCCCCCCACUGCUGGGCAGCCUCAGGAGCCCUGGCUGCAGCCAGCAGUCAGUGGGCAAUGCCUCGGGAAGCGGAUGGACCCAGCUGGAAGAAGCAUGCGGAUGACAUCCGGGACAUUUAUGAAUUCCGGGAUGUCCUGGGCACGGGAGCAUUCUCCGAGGUGAUACUGGCCGAAGAAAAGACCACCCAGAAACUCGUUGCCAUCAAAUGCAUUGCCAAGAAAGCCUUGGAGGGCAAAGAGAGCAGCAUGGAGAAUGAGAUCGCCGUGUUGCACAAGAUCAAACACCCCAACAUAGUGGCCUUGGAUGACAUCUAUGAGUGUGGUGGGCACCUCUACCUCAUCAUGCAACUGGUGUCUGGGGGUGAGCUCUUUGAUCGAAUUGUGGAGAAGGGGUUCUACACAGAACGGGAUGCCAGCCGACUAAUUUGCCAGGUGCUCGAUGCCGUCAAGUACCUCCAUGACAUGGGCAUUGUACACAGAGAUCUCAAGCCAGAGAACUUGCUUUACUACAGCCUGGAGGAAGAUUCCAAGAUCAUGAUCUCUGAUUUUGGGCUGUCCAAGAUGGAAGGCUCAGGCAGUGUGCUCUCCACGGCCUGUGGCACACCAGGAUAUGUAGCCCCUGAAGUGUUGGCUCAGAAACCUUAUAGCAAGGCUGUGGAUUGCUGGUCCAUUGGUGUUAUUGCCUAUAUCCUACUUUGUGGUUACCCUCCUUUCUAUGAUGAAAAUGAUGCCAAGCUCUUUGAGCAGAUCCUGAAGGCCGAGUACGAGUUUGAUUCUCCCUACUGGGACGACAUCUCUGACUCUGCCAAGGAUUUUAUCCGGCAUUUGAUGGAAAAAGAUCCCGAGAAGAGGUUCACCUGUGAGCAAGCCCUGCAGCACCCAUGGAUCGCAGGGGACACGGCACUGGACAAAAACAUCCACCAGUCUGUCAGUGAGCAGAUCAAGAAGAACUUUGCCAAGAGCAAAUGGAAGCAAGCCUUCAAUGCCACAGCAGUGGUGCGGCAUAUGAGGAGGCUCCAACUGGGCACCAGUCAGGAUGGCCCCGGCCCUGGCCAGACCACCAGCCAUGGGGAGCUGCUGGCACCUGAGACAGGAGGGGGUCCCCAUGUCGGCUGCUGCAGGGACUGCUGUGCAGAGUCUUCCCCGGAGCUGCCGGCCACUCUCCCACCCCAGCUCUAAAGCAGCCUUCCCCCAGCUGCUGGGGGUUGGGAAACUGGAGGUGGGAGGGCACCAUACUCAGGGUGAGCUCCCGGGGAAGGGGCCAGGCUGGAGCCUGCCAAAGAGAAGCCAUUGCGUCCCUGACUGGAUUGGCCGCUGCAGGGCAGUAGAGCUGCCACUGAUUGGGGAGGGGUAAAAGCCUCUGCUCUCCCUGUCCCCCCCUUCCCCAGGGAAGCCUCCUCUUCUCCCUUUCCAGGGCUCUUCCCUGAGCCCACAUCAGUCCAGGCCUCCCCUGGGAGGAAGGACCCUCUUCUGCACCCUUCUGGCCUGGCUUUGGAUCCCUUUCUUGACCCCUUUCUAGCACCUCCCCCUGCCCACAGUGGCCUCUGGGAAGGGUGAGGAGCUGAGGAGGGAAGUGGAAUCGAGAGCCAGGGCCUUGAGAAGAGAUGUGUGCAGCGCUGGAGGGGGACAUCACUUGGCUUUCCUCCUCUCAGCGCUCCCCAUCUCUCCCCAUGUCCUGGUCAAGGUAUGCACCCAUUUUCCAAACAAAUAUUUCUAUUUUAUUGUUCAUUCUUUUAUUAAAGGGAAGAGGUUAAAAA